GAUGCGUUGGGUAAUCAUGGUGCCGCUGGGAGGUUGCCGCUGCCGCUGUUACCGGGCGCUUGAUGAGUUGUUACAUUUUAAUUUCAUGAUCCUGCACUGAAUUCUAUUAAACCAUGGGGGAAAAUAGUCCUGAUGACAGCAUUCAUUACUAUGAAGUGGAGGAAGAUGAACUGACCCAAGAUGAUAAAAUGAUGAGGUUUGUGGACAAAAAUGGUCUGGUUCCUUCAUCAUCUGGGACAAUUUAUGACAGGACAACUGUUCUAAUUGAACAAGACCAUGGGACAUUAGAAGAUGAUGAGGAUGAAGGACAAUGUGGAGAUCACUUGCCUUUUUUACCAGAGGGUCAUGAAGAAGGAUUUCAUUUAAUAGCAGAUCAUGAAGGAAUGUCCCAGGGUUAUGUGCAACAUAUUAUUUCUCCAGAUCAGAUUCAUUUGACUAUAAAUCCUGGUUCAACUCCCAUGCCAAGAAAUAUCGAAGGAGCUACUCUCACUUUGCAAUCUGAAUGCCCAGAAACCAAGCGUAAAGAAGUUAAGAGAUACCAGUGCACCUUUGAGGGCUGCCCUCGCACCUACAGCACUGCUGGGAAUCUGCGCACUCAUCAGAAGACACAUCGUGGGGAAUACACAUUUGUCUGCAAUCAACAAGGUUGUGGCAAGGCCUUCCUUACCUCCUAUAGUCUCAAGAUUCAUGUCCGAGUGCACACUAAGGAAAAGCCGUUUGAGUGUGAUGUGCAGGGCUGUGAAAAGGCAUUCAAUACACUGUACAGGUUGAAAGCACAUCAGAGGCUUCACACAGGAAAAACGUUUAACUGUGAAAGCGAAGGCUGCAGUAAAUACUUCACAACACUCAGCGAUCUGAGGAAGCACAUUCGAACACACACAGGAGAAAAGCCAUUUAGGUGUGAUCAUGACGGCUGUGGAAAGGCUUUUGCUGCAAGCCACCACCUUAAAACACAUGUUAGGACACAUACUGGAGAGAGACCCUUCUUCUGUCCCAGUAAUGGCUGUGAGAAGACUUUUAGUACUCAGUAUAGUCUCAAGAGUCACAUGAAAGGUCACGAGAAAGGACACUUAUAUAAUGCACUUCCCAAUAACAACGUAUCUGAGGAUACAAACCACUCACUUUGUCUGAGCGACUUAAGCCUCAUAUCCACAGAUUCGGAACUGCGGGAAAACUCUAAUACAACACAUGGACGAGAUCUUAGCACAAUCUCACCAGCAAGCAUUUUUGAAUCUAUGUUCCAGAGCCCAGAUCAUACAGCAAAUCAGGAAGAUUCUCAACAGACAGCUGCCUUGAUUGAAAGUUUUAACGGUGAUGCAGACUCAGUAACUACUGUUCAGCCUUCUGUAGGAGAUUCAGCAUCUUUAUCUCUCCCACUUGUACUGCAGCUUGGCAUCUCCGAGCCUUCUCACCCAGCACUACAAACCUCCGCACCCCCUCCAGCUCCCACCUCCAUAGGAACCAGUUCACAGCAAGCUGCGUUUGGAAAUCCUGCGACGAUUUUACAGUCCCCAGAAGUGCCUGUUCCUCACAGCACACAGUUUGCAGCCAGUCACCAAGACUUUCUGCCGCACACUCAGACACCACCACAGCCCAUUGUACAAGGACUUUCAGUGGUUGCCGGAGCCUCUGCUCCAGCAGCAUCGAGUGCCACUGAGCCUCUGCCGGCUGUGGUUCAGUCUGUGCCUGUGGGUGCGAACUCUGUUCUGACAAGUAACCCGACUAUAACAAUUACUCCAUCUCAGAGCACUGCUAUUCUGCAGUCCAGCAUAGUCAUGGGAGAACAGAACUUACAAUGGAUUUUAAAUGGUGCCAAUGGAUCUCCCCAAAAUCAAGAACAAAUGCCACAAGUUCCAAAGGUGGAGAAGGUCUUUUUUACCACCACAUUACCAGUGGCUGGCAACACAGGAAACUCUGUUCAGCAGAUUGGUCUCAGCGUUCCUGUUAUCAUUAUAAAGCAAGAGGAGGCCUGCCAGUGUCAGUGUGCCUGCCGAGACUCUGCCAAGGAGAAAGCAACUAGUAAGAAGGGAUGUUCCUCGCCUGACCCGAAAACUUUGGAGCAGCCAACUCUUCAGCUGCAGCCUCAGACUUUUCCUUCCUCCUCCUCCUCUUCUUCCUGUGAGCCCACCGGUCAGAUGGCUAACCCUGCCGACUCACAGACUGAAACAUUAAGUGCCAUAGAUGUAUCAGACUUCCUGUCCCUCCAAAGCCCUGAAACCCCAUCCAAUCUGAUUCCAAUUGAAGCACUACUACAGGGGGAGGAAGAAAUUGGUUUGAAUAGCAGCUUCUCCAAGUAAAGAUGCUCCAGAUUCUUCUCCCUUGUACCUGGAGGCUAAAAUCCUCCUCCUUAGAAGCAGACACUGAAGGCUCAAGAGUUUUUUCUUUUUUUGAAGUUUUGUGGCCGACUUCUGCUUCUCGGAUGUCAUUUUAGUCACGUCCCAGGAACAUCCAUCUUUGGGAGU